AUGAUUCAAAUAUUUGUUCGAACAUUAAGCGGAAAGACGCGAGUAAUACAAGUGUCAACUGAUGAAACGGUUGCGGACAUAAAAUAUCGGAUUCAAAAAAUUGACCAAAUACCUUCUUGUUAUCUACGAUUGUUAUACGUUGGGAAACAAUUGUGCGAUGAGUUGACCCUAGAAGAUUAUGACAUUCAGCAAGAUUCUACCUUACAUGUAAAUUCGCGACUUCGUGGUGGUGGCAUUUGUUUUAGUAGCCCUACCAAUCCCACAAAUUCGACUUCGUCAUCAACAAAUAGAAAUCAAGGUUCCUCUCGAGUUUCACCUAGCACUCCUGGUUUAGCUUCAACAAAUAAAUGGCAAAGUUCCUCCCGAAAUUCAUUUAGUACUGUCAAUUCAACUUCGGCAAAUAACAAUCGAAGUUUCUAUUUGACUUCUUCACCCAGUGUUAUUUCGCUUUCGUCUACACAUAAUUCCAGCACCCUUCAGGCAAGCAAACCUACUACUUCAGUUUCACUCUAUCAAGGCACCGGGGGGCGCCUACCAACUAAGACUGUUAUAAGCCUAAUUCCGCCUUCGUCCUCUACCGUUAAUUCUGGCGGCCUCAGCACAAACAAAACAAUUUCGUCAACUUCAACUAAAACCACCUCUUCGGUUUCACUCAGUCAGGGGACUAGGAGAAACCGAUCAGUUAAUGCUGCUAUAAGCUUAACCUCAUCUUCGUCCUCCACCGUUAAUGCUGGCAGCCUCCGCACAAACAAAACAAUUUCAUCAACUUCAACCAAAACUACCCCUUCAGUUUCACUCAGUCAGAGGACUAGGGGAAACCGAUCAGUUAAUGCAGCUAUAAGCUUAACUCCAUCUUCGUCUUCCACUGUCAGUACUGGCAGCCUCCGCACAAGCAAAGCAAUUUCAUCAACUUCAACUAAAACUGCCCGAUCAGUUAAGACUGCUACAAGCUUAACCCCGUCUUCCACCGUCAAUGCUGGCAGCCUCAGUACAAACAAAACAAUUUCAUCAACUUCAACUUCAACUAAAAAUGCCCCCUCAGUUUCACUCAGUCAAGGCACCGGGGGACGCCCAUCAGUUAGGACUGUCCUCCGCACAAACAAAACAGUUUCAUCAACUUCAACCAAAAAUGUCUCUUCAGUUUCACUCAGUCAAGGCACCGGGGGACGCUCAUCAGCUAGGACUUUUAUAAGCUUAACCCCUUCUUCGUCCUCUUCAGUCAAUUCUGGCGGCCUCCGCACAAACAAAACAAUUUCAUCAACCUCAAUUAAAACCGCCCCCUCAGUUUCAUCUAGUCAAGGCACCAAGGGUCGUCGACCAGUAAAUGUUGUUGGUAAAACUCCUUCGUCGUCCUCUUUCGUCAAUUCUGGCGGCCUCCACACAAACAAAACUACAUCAUCCCGUCCUCUUGUCUAUAGUCCUAGUACCUCCAACACGAACUUAAAUAUCUCAAAUUUAAUUAUAACAAAUACAGCAUAUUCAUAUUACGCUCCAACAAACAUAGGUUUAACUUCUCGGACAACAACAAUAAAACAUGGAAAUUCUUUUAUAUGCGAUAAUGGUCCUCUACUUAGAGGCGUAACUCAUACGGAAUGGGAGGUGGUUAAAUUAUAUUUAGCCCUACCGUCUUUUUUAUUUUCACCGCAAUAUGAUUACGAUUUCACAAAUGAAUAUGAUGAAGGAGCGCAACACACUCGAGGACAUAAGAUAUAUAAACGACCUCACGGGUUUAUGCGAUUCGCACUUAACAUCGAGGACAAAUAUCCGGAUGGAAAUGCUUGGCUUGGAAAUCACAGUGAAAGACGUGGUACCAAGAGUAUAGACGAAGAAUGGCUGGUCUCUUACCACGGAACAACUGUUGAGAAUAUUCGUUCUAUCGUUAAAGAAGGAUUCAACUGUAGCAAGUGCGUUCGUGACGCAUUUAAUCAAAAUGGGAUUUAUUCAAGUCCAAACAUUGAUGUCGCAUGGGAAUACGCUACAUCUUUCACGGUUAAUGGCAUAAAAUAUCGCGCUAUCCUGCAAAAUCGUGUUAAUCCAAAAUUUGUCAGGGAGGUUCGAAAUUCGAAGACUGGUAACGGAAAAUACUAUGUGUCACGAAGGAGCACCGACAUUCGCCCUUACGGAAUUUGUGUCAAAAGAGAUUUGUCGUUCUAA